AUGAUCACAAGGUUCAAUGCAUUUUUUAUUUUAUUUGGAAUCGUUUCUGGACAGUAUAAUAACUAUAAUAAUAAUAAUAAUGGAUAUAAUUCGAAUUCAAAUUCUAACGCAAAUCAAAAUUUGAAUCAGAAUAAUCAAUAUCAACAAAAUGGAUAUGGGGUGAGUCAAGUUUAAUAUUUUUAAAGGCGACAGCUCCCGAAGCCUCUGACAACUCAGCAUCUCCUGGCGUAUACUUUUUGCACGACAACGUACGCUUUUCCUACACUCUUUCUACGCUUUUUGUACACUUGCCACUUUUCGCGAGUGUAGCUACAUUGUACGACCGCGUUGCAAGCUUGUUGCGUUGCGGCUAUUAUUUUAUUUUUGUUUUCUAUUUUCUUUUUGGCCUAAAAUUCUUUUUAAACGUAUAAAUCAGGUAUCAUGAUAAUCAAGUUAUAUCUGCGUGGAUUCUAGAAGUUGAGUAUGAUUAUUGAAGCUAUCAAAACACUUUUUUCGUCAAAAGAAAUAUCGUAUUUUCAAGAAAAAUCUUGAAAUAAUUUUGAAAAUUUCGAAAAUUCCUUCAAUGAGGCUGCGAAUCAGAGUUGACCGAUAAUUAUCCUUCUUUUUAUUCUCGUCAUUAUUGUUACACACCUGAAUUUGAUUGCAAUUUGUUGAAUUUCAGACCAUCAAACCAACAACUUCUAGAAUUUGCAUCAUGGUGACAGAAAAAAAUGAGGUGAACCUUCACUGGAGCUCAUCGAGAAGAUGAUUUUAAAGGUGAGCAUAACUUGAGUACUAGGAAGACUAGAAAUUUGGAACCCUACUGGCUAAUCGCCUGUCAAAACGUAGGUGAUCUGAAGUUGGCAGAUCAUUUCGUGGAGACGCCUCUUAUAAUUAUGCUAUGUAGUAAUGUUAUGGGACUUAGGAUGUUUAUGAAUAUCUAGAAAAUUGAAAAUCAUCCUAUUUCUCAGGUUGACACUUGAUGCUCCACCUACACCUACGCCCAAUGCUAACAUCGGGAUAGUUUCGACCGAAGAUUCACAGUCAAGUAACCUGAAAAUCAACGACAAUAUGCACAUGCUCCACAACCCGAAUUCUACCCCGCAACCCCGACUUCAACCACUCAACCCUCAACAACCAACACAUUCUCAAAAAAUCUUCGGAAAAAUUAAAUUUCUAACUUUUUUUAUUAUGUUUUGAAGAUUUUUGAUAUAUUAUUGAUUUCAUGUAAUGAAAGUAUAUUGAUCCAUAAAUGAUUUGUUCUAUUUUCUAGUUUUAAUCUCUCCUAAAUCGCAGCGCAAAAAGAAAAAAAUCGAUUCGAAAUUCGGUGUACGGUUUUCGUUCAAAAAAAGAAAAAGUGUAGGAUCUUUGUAGACGUUUUUGCAGCUUGUGUGUACGAUGUGUGUAGCAUGCGUCAUACAACAAUGUAGCUACACUUUUCGUUCGCAAUAGUGUACGCCAGGGGAUGCUGAGAAAUCAAAAAUCUUCCUGUACGCAAAAGUGCGUCGCGGUGUUUGCACACACCAAUCCUUGGAGGCAAUUUGUAAUUUUGAAAUUUUUCUCACAAUCAGCAUUAACUUUCAUGAUUUCGCAAAAAUCAAUAAUUUUCAGUCAAAUAACUAUGGCUCGUCAAAUCAAAACUCUUGGGGAGCUAACAAUUACGGAAACAACAAUAAUAUGAUAAAUCUGACGACCACUGAAAGUCCGAAUACAUCAAAUAAAGGAGUUUCGAUUCAAAUUCAACUCAAAGGAUAUUCAAAUAUAAAUUCAUUGUUGCCAAAUAGUAACACGUGUAUUUGUCCAACUGGAACUUGCAGUUUUAUGAACACAAAUCCGAGAUGUUAUUUUGCAUUCAAUUUUAUUGCGUCGUCUGAAGAGUAGGUUUCAAUUUUUUGAAAUUAAUUAUCUGAAAUCCCUAAAAAAAAUUUAAAAAAAUUUUCCAGUGGCUCGGUUCGUCAUCACAUGACAGAUUUCGUCUAUCUUGAAAACGGUCAACUCCCCCAAUCCUCUCAAAAUUCAUGGGGUUCAACCUAUGUAAUGCGAUUCCCAUCGAAACCAGCUGCCAUCGAUGUAUUAGUCUACCAUCUUGGUGCAGUUAUAUCACAAAGCGGACAAUUAGUCUCGGUUGACACUUUGACUCUUGUUGACACAUUUGUUAUUUCAUUAGUCGACACACUUCCAGCUGUUGAUGGUGUUCAGAAUAUGAAUAAUCAACGAACAUAUCAAGGACAAACUCUCGGAACUUCUUUGUCUUUAGGUACAUCGGUUUCCUGUGCUGGUUCUUUAGUUGGCGCAAAUUGCGAUUUGCAUUGCACAAAAUCACAUAUCACAACAAAUAUUGCACAAUGUGUGUCAAAUUCGACGGGAUAUUAUUCAAUUUGUGAAUAUGUUUCGAAUGGACAAGUUGAUCGAUGCAAAAAAUGUCCAUGGGGUGUUAGAGAAGGAACUUAUUGUCAAGAUGCGAAUGGUGGAGUUUUGGAUCCACGAGAAGCUGGAUUUGUUGGAAGUGGUUGGCAGACAGCUGCGAUUCUUUUGAUUAUUGCAUUGUUUAUUAUGACAUUACUGUUUUGUGCUUCGAUACUUUUCACAUGUUUCAAGUGAGUUUCGGGGUUGACCGAGACCACGCCUCUCACUUUAACUGUCACCAAACAAAUGAAAAAUCACCCUGUACGCAAAGGUGCGUCGCAGUGAUUGCACACACCAAAGGCAAUUUGAAAUUUAUUUUUAGAAAUUUUUCUCAUCUCGUAUUAUUGGAGUAAAAAAAUUCAAAUGACACUCUUCCCAAGUUCGGUGCGAGACCCAUAUGUGCGUCUUUGACUUUGUUUCUCUGCCCAAUGGUAGUGACGCAGAGGAAUACCGUACUUGGGGUCCCCAAUUCGGGGAAAUUUGAAUUUAUGGCCUUUUUUUGUAAAUUUUACCAUUAAGCUUGCCUAACUCCCUUUAAAAUUAAAAGAUUCUCGACUCUUGUUGAAAAAAUCCAGAUUUACUCAUCUCCAACUGAUCUCCACUCCACAUUUUCACCAAAAAAAAUUCCAGACACCGUCAGCCAGUUGAAAAAGAACUAACCACAUUCAAACAACCCUACGAUGAUCGUGAACCACUUCGACAACCUUCCCCUCAACAAUCCAAUGGUUCACCAAACAAUCGACCAAUGUUGCCACCACAACCAAUUAGUGAGUUGUUUUCUAAUUACAAUUGCCUAUAGCUUGAAAAAUACCUCUGUAGAGUCCCUCUGAAUUUUAGAAGAUGAUCAUCUAUACUUCACCUCUGUUUGAGUAAGUCUUGAAUGUCUGAUAAAUCAUUAGUUGGGACCCCCAAGCAUGCCUGAAUUCUGAAUGAAAAUGAAAACCAAAAACAAAAUUUUUUUUUUUGCAGAAUCCGCUCUUCGCAAACCCUAUGCUCCUCUCAGUGAUGAUUCGAGUUUUGCGAGCGAUGUUCCACCAGUUAGACCAAGUCGAAGUGAAGUUGUUUAA